GUUCCUCCAGGAAGAGCGUUUAUCGUCUAUCUUGUUUCGUCUCCAAACAUAAUACGCGCGUGUAUCGCCGAUAGGAAACGGCUAAUUAGUGCGGUUGAACCCGAAGUCUGACAGAGGGACUUCAGUCGACUGCAGGACGCAGUGAUAUUUGGACGUUCUUGCGUGGUGAUAUUUUUUCCUACCUACGCGUUCUAAAGCCAUGUGGAAAUUGCUGGUCAUCCUCCUUUCCAGCGGAGUCUUCGGUGGUCCGUUGGAGAACGAAUCGCCGCCGGCCUUCAGACCUGGCAGCCUCGGAACUGCGGAAGAACCGUGCCAUUGUCCUUCGCCCUCAAUGUCUUCUGCCCAGAUCGAAUCACCCACCAUGGCGAAUCGCCCUCAGCUCUCCUCUGGCACCGGUAUCCGCACCAAUUCGUUGCACAACCUGGUCUACAACGGAAUGCCUUGUGUAUGCAGCCUCGGUCCCUCCAGGAUUCCGAUAAGGGACGACUACGUUUACACGCCGGGCAUCGGCUCGCACAAACUUCACACGCGAGCUAUGGUCUGGAACGACGCGAGGAAGGUCUGCAACGACGAAGGCGGCCACCUUGCUAUCAUUAACUCUGUCUCCGAGGCUCGGGUGCUGAUGGACAUAUUCAACAGGUCAAGUCCGGUGAAGGGCGCAGCCUACGAUCACGUGGCGUACCUUGGAAUUCACGACCUGUACAAAGAGGGCGAAUGGGUUACGAUUUCAGGGGAAUCUUUGGCUCAAACUGGAUAUACCAGAUGGACAGACAAGUGGGGUGGUCAGCCAGACAACGGUGAUGGCAAACAGAACUGUGGUGUGUUGUACAAGGAAGGAGGCAUGGACGACGUAUUCUGCGAGGCAGCUUUUGCAUACUUCUGCGAACUGCCCACAAUUCAAUUCAUCAAUUGAUUCGAUUGUCGCAAUAGCCGAUCUUCGCAGAAUUCCGUUCACCGUAUGAUACCUGAUUUAUUUUAUUUGUCAAUUUCGAAAAUGGUGUCGACUGUAAAAUCUUCUUUCUAGUAUUUUGCUCGAACUUAGAGAUUGAAUACAUUGUUAUUUGCAAUAAAAAUGAAUUUGCUUUUCAAGUUUGAUCGUCACGCAGCGCAAAAUCUACGACUUAUACAUAUCUGGUUGUAGUUUAUAAUGCUGGUCGGAGAAUUCAUACAAAACGCAAUACGGUUACAGUGCGGUCGAGCUUAAGUCACGAUUCUGAUGCAUCAUGCCUCUUUGUGUGGUUGAAAAAACAUUUUUUCUUCCCCGGCUCAGAGUUUUUACACCUCGUUAGCAAAUAUCUGUACCGAUGCUCGAGAACUUCAAUUGGCACAACCUUUUUAUUUUAGUUCUGAAAUUUUUUGACCAACUGUUUAGCGCACGAUUAACCCAGGUGUGUGCUGUUCGUGAGAGUACGCGGUGAAUCGUCAUUGGCAGGAUGACGUUACUCAUUUUACUGGAUAUCCUUGCUAAUUGCCAACAAACAUCGCUGCCGGCAUAUGCAAGAAGUUCCAAAGGAUCGCAUGUAGCUGACGCUCCCUAACUGAGCCUUGGCUCCUGCACUCGUUGUGCCAUUCUGGCUUAACACACCUCGCGGCGUAGUCUAGUUCAUAAAUAUCGAAACAAGGAGAUUAAAUCCGCCGGGUUUACAGGCGCUUCAUAAAUUUUGAAUUCUCAAUCUGACGGUAGCACUGCAGCUAAAGUCGUCGAUCGAUGUAUGUGUGUUGCAAUAUAUGCUACGUCGAUUUCCACUUCUUUUUCUUCUCUGAAAAUCAAGAACCAGUUGGCAAUCAUUGCCGUAAGUAGUCACGCCACCGACGAAAGAUACUGCCAAUUGGGUGAUUCAAUUUACCAUUAAGAUAGGUAGAUCUGUUAAUUACUGUAAUUCAUUAACCUUACACAUAUGCGCACUCGAUGCAGCUCGAUAGAUAUUAACUAAUAUAACUUUGAAUUCCAUACAGUUUCAUUUGAGAUG